GAUCCCCAUUGAACCACUGCCACCGGUCCUUUCAGUCACAAUGGCCCGUCACUGCUCCCUUCUCGCUUUUUGCCUCGUCGCUGUAGUGGCUCCAGCCGUCCGCGGUGACCUUACCCAAGUACAAGUCGAGGAAUGCUCAUCUGGAUCCACGAGCAACGUGGACGCUGUUCGCAUUAGCCACUGUGCCACGCUGCCAUGCACCGUAACGCUGGAGGACAAGCCCAAGGUUGAGAUCGACUUCCGCGCAGCUCACGACUCCAAGACUCUUCGCGUGCGUGUGCUCGGUGCUAUUGGUGACAUCGCGCCUCAGCCGUUCCCGGCUUUCAAGACCGAUGCCUGCAACUUCAUGGGCGUCAGCUGCCCGCUUAAGGCUGGCGACAAGUACACCGCCAAGUUUGAGCUCGCCAUGUCCCCGACCUUCCCACCGGUUGCCGGGAAGGCUGUCUUCAAGGGCCAAGACGCCGCCGGUGAAUUCUUCUGCUUCAAGGUUCCGGUGGAGCUCAAGCACUAAUUAGCAAUAAACGUAUGUCUUACCCGGUCGCAUCUA